AUGGCAAACGUGAACAAACUCCUGGAGCACGUCGGGGACUUUGGGCCUUUCCAGAAGAAGAUAGUUCUACUCGGUUCGUUACCGUUGACAUUCUUUGCUUUUGUGCUUGUCGGGGUAGUUUUCAUUGGGCACACUCCGAAUCACUGGUGCUGGAGUCCCGGAUCUGAGUCCCUGCAGGAGGAAUGUGGCUGGACAGAGGUCGAGGUGCGGGAAGUCACCAUUCCCCGCUCCAAACAGUCAGGAUCCUUCAGCCGCUGCAGCAGGUUUGCAGUAGACUGGAGCGAAAGCCAGAAGAAAUGCAAUGAACUUGACUGGCUGCUGACUUCCAACGCGAGCCGGCUGGUGCCAUGUGACGGCAGAUGGGCGUUUGAUGAAAGCCACAGCACUAUUGUUUCUGAGUUCUCAUUGGUCUGUGAGAAAUCCUGGCUCGCUGAUCUCAAUCAAGUGUUCUUGGCAUGUGGAUAUUUUAUUGGAGCGUUUGUCACGGGCUACCUCGCUGACAGGUUUGGUAGAAAGCCAUGUUUCAUUGCGUCGAUGGUGGGCCUCGGUCUCUCAGGUGUUGGGAUAAUGCUGUCCCCGUGGUACCCGCUGCUGCUCGUCUUUCGAUUUCUACAAGGGUUUUGUGGAAAGGGAGCAUGGACGGCCUCCUAUGUUCUGGUGAUCGAGUUCUUUGGGUCAAACAACAGAAAGUUUGUGUCCAUGGUGAGUCGGACUUUCUACGGUGCCGGCAUGUUGAUCCUGCCCGGCCUGGCUUACUUCCUGUCCUCCUGGAGGAUUCUGCAGCUGGUCAUGAGUCUGCCCUGCAUCCUCUUCAUCUCAUACCACUGGAUCGUUCCUGAAUCUCCACGUUGGCUGUUCUCACAGAAUAGAACCUCCGAGGGCAUGAGAGUCGCUACGGAAAUCGCAAAAUGCAACGGGAAAUCUUUACCACAUAAUCUCCCAGAGAUGCUUGUUUUGAAGGAAAAGAAAGAAGUGAAUCCUGUAUCAGUGAUGGAUUUGUUUAGGACGCCAAGCAUCAGAAGAAACACUCUUAUUUUAACUUAUGCCUGGUUCACGAGCACCAUCGUGUUUCAAGGCCUGGUCCUGCGGCUGGGGAUCACAGGCAACAACCUCUUCCUGGAUUUCUUCAUCUCUGCGGCGGUGGAGAUUCCCACCGGCCUCAUCUUCUACCUGCUGGUCGACAGGAUCGGUCGGCGCUCCCUCAUGGUGAUCGCCAACCUCACCGGGGGCAUCGCCUGCCUUGCAAUCCCCUUUAUCCCCACGGACUUCGCCUGGUUGAAAAGGUCGAUUGCGAUCAUGGGGAGACUUGCUGUUGCUAUUGGAUUUGAGACUUUGAACUUUGCAAACACAGAGAUGUACCCGACAUCUCUGAGAAACCUGGGCGUGUCCGUGUGCUCCUCAGCCAGUGACCUCGGAGCGAUUGUUGCUCCGUUUCUACUCUACAGACUGUCCAGUAUCUGGCAGGAGCUGCCUCUUCUCCUUUACGGUGUGAUGUCGCUGCUGUACAGCGGGCUCGUGACGAGGCUGCCUGAGAUGAGCGGAGUCGCUCUGCCAGAGACCGUUGAGGAUGUGGAGAAUCGAAGAAGCAGGAGAGACCAGUCGAAGGAUUCAGAAGGAUUUAUUAUAUGACUGAAGACCUGGAACAUGAUUGGAUUAUUUUCUAUAUGUUUACGAUGUGUAGAGAUAUAUAAUAUAUACCUGCUGAGGCUUUAAAGGUGUUGAUGAGAUGAAACCUCCAGAUCUUUCACCUCCUCAAGUGUUCUGCUUAUUUAUAUUUAAAUGAAAAUCUCAUGUUCUGUAUUUGUCUGUUUAUCUCAAACUUGUUCACUGAUUUCAGUUAAAUUGGAAGGAAGAAGUUA